AUGCUGGAGGAACACCAAUUGAUGGCGCACAUUGCAGUGAUCAUUUUGAUGAAGAAUUGGCAGUACGGAUAUACCAAACGAUGGUCAAGCUACAUACUGUGGACGUACUAUUUUAUGAAGCCCAGCGACAGUACCGUGAACAUGGAGUACUCCUUUGGCGUGGAUUUACAAUUCGUCAGAUGGCUGAUCAGAGUUUCGAUGGUGCUGCAGUGCUAUGGAAACAAAUUGGAGCCUGCCAAGGGACGUCAGAUGCCCAUACAUUAUGGGGCCUCAGACUUGAAUGUCCACACCAUCUCCUCCACUCUUGCUACACAGCUUCCACACGCUGUGGGGGCAGGAUUUGCACUGAAGGCACGCCAACAGCCAAAUGUUGCAGCUGCAUACUUUGGGGACGGUGCCUCCAGCGAAGGAGAUUUCCAUGCAGCAAUGAAUUUUGCUGCAGCCUUGUCCAUUCCAAUGGUUUUCAUUUGUCGGAACAAUGGAUAUGCAAUCAGCACCCCAGUCAAAGAGCAGUACAAAGGCGAUGGUGUGGCUGGCCGAGGGCCUUGUUACGGAAUGGCAACUAUCCGGGUCGAUGGUGGAGACCCACGUGCUGUCUAUUCGGCAACUGCACUUGCAAGGAAGCUUGCCUUGGAGAACAGCUGUCCGGUUCUGAUCGAGUCGAUGGCCUACAGGAGCGGCCACCAUUCUACGUCUGACGACUCGUCCAGGCAAGUUUGUAGCCGCCUUGUGAGCUGCUCAUCAUUGGGAUGA